AUACAUUGUAAUUUAAACAAUUCUAUCGAAUGUUACAAAUUACAUCAGUUAUUGGAACAGAAUAUCAAAAAACGAUUCAAAUUUUUGUCCUGAUUUGUUUCCCGCCAGUUAGUUGACUGUUUUUAAUUGUGUAUGUGUUCGUGUAAAUCUUUUAAACAUUAAAGAACUCACAUUUUGACAAAACUAGCAUCAGACAGCGCGCCUAUUAUGAGUACCAGCCAGUAGCAGCGGGAAAAGGAAAGCAUCAAGAGGAAGUUUUCAGGAGAGUGGCAUGAAAAGCAAGCCGUCGUCGAAAAAUCGUAUCCAAGUGAUCUAGUGUUAAUAAAAACUAAAAAAAAGCGAGUUUAUAUCGACUUUCCAGUGUUAAAACAAGUAUUAAAAAGGACUCAUAAUGCCGCUCCUCAGGAAGCAGGUAUUUGAGAAAGUUGCCGAUCCCGAACGGCUUCGUGAUAGCGAUGAAGUUUUCUUCUGUGAAACAACCAACGAAAUAUUCAGCAACUAUGACGAUUACUUUCAUCGCGUUAUGCUCAUCUCGUCUAUGGUGUGGAGUUGUGCUGUAACGGGUAAACCCAAUCUGACAUAUGCGGAAGCGCUCGAUUCCGAGAAGCAAGCCCGUCGCCAGCUUAAGACGUUUCCGUCUGCUUUGAAAGGUCCCUUCCUGUUGGUCGCUACCCACACAAAGCGCAGUUCGUUCAAUGAGCUAGUCGAAGAUGUCUGCGGCUACAUUAAGGAGCGAUACUUCAAAGGCGAGGAGGUCGAUGUCGUUGAUCCGUCUGGCAAAACCCGUGAGGCAACUAUUCUGGAGGUUAUAGCACCGAGUAACAAAACAAACAGCCCAGUGAAGACAGAAAAGUUGCGUUAUCGCGUAGCCGCCACAGACGCACGCAAACCCAAAGAAUGGAACGCUUCGGCGGAUAAUGUUAAGCGUGCUCGUAGCGCGGCUCCACGAGAAAAAUGCAAACUAUUCUUAAAAAUGCACGUUGAGCAAAGUGGAGCAGUAUUAAGAAUUAAAGAACCUUCAUUGAAAAAAUUUGUCUCAGAUGAAGGGAUUACUGAUGAGCAAAUUUUCUUUGGAAAACCCCCGGAUUUCGAGAAAUCUAAGCGACUUAUGUUAGCGGAGGCGAAGAAACUUCGUGAAGAUCAAGAGAAGAAAAACACCCCUCCUAAAAAGGAAAAGUCCAUUACCAAAAAAGGUCCAAAGUCUAAUGGAAGUGCUCAGAAAGAUGGAAAACAGCAGAGUAUAUCAAAAUACCUCAAUAAAUCAGAUGAUGAAUCUGCCAAGACAGCAGAAAUCGAAAAGAAAAAACUGGCAGAAGAAAUGGAGCGUCUGCGUAAAGAAAAGGCGGAGAAAGAUGCUCUGAAGAAAAAACAUUUGGAAGAACAAAAAGCCAUGCUUUCUCAGCAAGUAACGGUCGCAAUCAAGAAAUUUAAAAAAGUACAGGAAGAUCUAGAACUAUCCGAUCAACGAGUUCUUCCCACGCCAACAACAGUUAGCACUAUCGUGGACGAAAAGCACAUAAGCGAUUUCAUAUUCGUUCUAGAGUUUAUGACUUCAUUUGCUGAAUUGCUAUCUAUAAAGGAUAAAUUUGCUCAUGGCUUGACUAUAGAUCUACUGGAACGUGCGUUGGUGCUCCGGGAAGUUAAUGGCCCACUUAGCGAUAUAUUUCAAGUCCUGCUUAGUACGCUGUUCUCUCAUCAAAUUGAAGAGGAAAACGAAAUAGCAGUUAAGUUCGACCUCAAUAGCGAUUCUGGAAUUCGUAAAAAUAAUCUUCCGAUUUUGAAAAAAGCAACCAAGGCCGCUAUUUGGUGUGAAACUCACUACAAUACCAAGCUGAAUGAAUUGCCAAUGGAUUCAACAACCAUCUCAGAGCUUCUCCGUUUGCAUUUUCUAUCAUCCGGGGCGCUCAUUGAAGACAAAGGUGCCAAAUGGCGAUUCGGAAUGCGUGGUGGUUACAACAGCUUCGAUGAUCCCGGAAUACAACUCGUCAAUGACCAUCCACAUAUUUUCCGAGCUCUGGUGUCGAAUACUGUUUUCCAGCUACCAGUUGGCGAUAUUUUAAGAAUAUUAAAAUGUCUAAUCGACCAGCUGAUGACCUACAGUAGCGUGCGGGAACUUAUCGAGGAACGGUUAGAAAAGGCGAGAGUUGCUAAACUACAGUUUAUUUCGGCAAAUGUUGCUAAAUCGAAAAGAGAAGCUAAACUGGUGUCGGAAAAAACUGCGAUGAAAAACGACAUUAAGAAACAGGUUGUUGCUUUGGAAGGGUCGGCUGAUGAGAAAAACGCGUUAAAAAAAGAGUUAGAGGAUAAAAUGGCCGAAGAUGUUAUCAAGCUAGAGGCUGAGUUGGAAAAAGAUGUAAAAAUCAUAGUGAAAGAAAUUGACAAAUUUAAGGAGAAUUUCUUUGACUAUCAAAUCUAUCUAGGGUCUGAUAGAGCUCAUCGAAAUUAUUGGCUUUUUGAAUCAUUACCUGGUCUAUUUGUGGAGCACGAUUACGCAUUCUGCGGUAAGUGUUUAGAAAAACCUACACCUCAAAUUCCCGGUCUAGCGUUAUGCCCUGAAGAUCAGCGGAAAAAAUUUAUUACACAAGCUAUCAUGAAUAACAUAUUCAGCGAUAAUGAUAAAGAAAACGAUGGAAUUAAACCUGACAUAGCCAUCGAAAAACUAAUACUCGCCGGAAGUGCAAAAUUGAAAGGGCUUUUUGAAAAUAAAAGACCUGCCAAUGGCACAUCAGAAGAGUCUUCAUCGACUUCUGAGCCGAAAGAAAUAGUGAAUCCUUCACUUGAGGAGCUACUUAUGUGCACAGCUAAUCCGAAAAGUUGUCCCGUACACACCAAUCAAUACGUUCACACGAAACGGUGGACAUUCUACAAUACAGUUGAGCAAAUUGAGGCACUUAUCGAUAGCCUAAACGUAAGAGGUAUACGAGAAAAAGCUCUACGUGAUAACUUACAGAAGGAAAAAGAGCUCAUUUUGAAUCAUCUUGAAAAUUGUCCAGUAGAAAAGCUAACAGUUGAUCCGAAAGAACGCGAAUCUCUACUUGCCUCAAUUGUCAAUAAAUCGAGAAAGUACGAUUCGCCUAAUUUUAACCAUGAACCAGGAACUGAUCCUAAUGUUAUCUUUGAAACAAGCAUACGCGAAAAUAUUUUGGAACUAGAAUCGAAAAUAACAGUUGGUUAUUUGGGUACGAUGAAGGUAUCCGACAGAGAUGAAUGGCGUGAGGCAAUUGAACAGUUUGAAUACAAACAACUGUCGGAACCUUUAUUAUGGGGCUCAAACCGAGUGAUGCCGUUUAAGGAAAACAAGGAAGAACUUGAAGAACAAGACGAAGGAAUGGAAAAUGAUGAACCCGACGAAACUGAUAUGGAAAAGUUAUUGUCCAAUUCUGUAGAUCCUGGUUAUGAUUUACCAGAUUCACUUAUAAUUGAAUCUGAAGAGAAAACUGAUAAUACGGAAUCAGAAACUGUGAAAGAGAAAGUUCGUUCGCUGGCUAAAGCAUUGUUACAAAUUGAACAAUGUAUCGACUCGAAGUUCUUAAGACAUCCAUUCGGUCCAAAUAAGGUUAUUAAAGAUAAAGGUAACGCGGCUAAAGCUUUGUAUCGAGGACAGAGGAAUUUGGCACGUUGGGAAGAGUCAUUGAUGCGUUCAACGAAUUAUGCACAGCUAUUCUUACAUUACAAUGUACUUUAUGAUUCAAUCCACUGGUCGAGCUCGGCAGAACGUCGUCCAUGCAUGAUUUGCCGCCGAAAAGGUGACCCGGAUAUGACGUUACUUUGCGAUGAGUGUAAUCGCGCCUGUCAUAUGUAUUGCUUAAAACCUAAAUUGAAACAGGUUCCCGAAGGAGACUGGUUCUGUCCUAAAUGUAAGCCGGAGAAUUACGCAACCAAAAAACAAAAACGUAGAAAGAUAUUUGAGGCAACCGAGGAAGAAAUUGUCGAAGAUGAAGUCGUUAAAGAAGAACAAAAAGCAACAGCCGGCUCAGACGAUGAUUCCGCAAACUCCGAUGAGGAGGAUGGUGUUGUAUGCCAAAAAUGUAAAGUCGGAGGAGCAACCGCCAUGUGCACCACUUGCAAUAAAGGCUACCAUACGCAGUGCACGAAAACAUUAACGGAUACACCUAAAAAGCGAUGGGAAUGUGACAAGUGCUGCCAAAAGGUGGUUUACAAUGAGACUCGCAAAAAGAAAAAGAACAAGAAAUCUAAGAAAAAUAAGGUUGCAGUUCGACUGGCUGCUUCACGCGCUGCAGAUGAUAGUUUUGAAAAAUUAGAAGAUGAACCGGAAGAAGAAGAAAACAUGGAUGAAUCAGAAGAAGUACACAAUGAUGAAGUAGAAGAACCGGUGGUUAAAAAACGUUCCUCCAAACGUAGUAUCUUAACUGAGCUAGAUAAUUCAGAUAAUGACAGUGAUAACGAAGCACUCUCUAGUAAAGUUAAAAGGAAUCGCCGAUCGAAUACGAGCUCUUCAAAACGAUCACUUUCGAAUGGUUUCCACGAAAACGGCGUUGAAGAAAGACCAGCAAAAGUUCGCCGAUCAACGAUGAAUAAUUCAAUAAAUGAUGACCUGGAUUCUUCUAGCUCACGGCGCGUUAGACGUACUGGGGAAGAUCUGCCCCUGAACAACGUCAUUCUCUAUACAUUACUAGAGGACAUUCUGAAGCAUCCCGAAUCCUGGCCGUUCGAUAGACCUGUUUCUGUGAAAGAGGUUCCAGAUUAUUAUGACAUUAUUAAAAAUCCGAUGGACUUUGCCAAAAUCAAGUCGAAGCUCAAUAUGGGAGAAUAUACUAUCAAUGAACAGAUGAUGAAUGACGUCCAACUCGUAUUCCGGAACUGCGAUUUAUACAACACUGAUGAAACGGAAAUCUAUGUUGCCGGUCGGAAUCUAGAGCGGUUUGUCUUACAACGCUCUAGAGAGCUGUCGCUUCCUUUUAAGCCAAGUGAUAUGUUGAAGAACGAUCAUUUGCUUAAAAAUGGUACGAACUCACCGAAAACAGCCACAGCAAAGUUGAACGGUGGUAAAGAUAACCAGGACGUUCGCGGUAGUGGGAAACGUAGAUCUAUGAAAAAAUAAGGCUUAGAUACUAAUAAUGUUUUUAGACUUACAUCAGACGAACACAGUGUUUUUGUCUUAGUAUUACGCAACAUAUUGAUAAUAUUGUAAUCAUAAACAACUCUCUUUCCGAUAAAUGUCAUCAUGAUUAAAUACAAUUUUUAUCGUGAAUAUUCAAAAUUUAAAAAUAAUAGACAUCGAGAAAACUAACUGCACGCCAUAUAAUAUCCGCCUGGUGCAAAGUGCGCUAAUUUAAUGUUUUACCGACAUUUGUUGUAGAGAGGAAUACAUAUUAUAACUAGUUUAAAAAAAAUAAUACGAAUAAUCCAUUCAUUUUAUGCUUUCGAUUUUUCUUUUUUCCGACUCAUGAAAUGACUUGCUGUACAAAUUUGACAGGUUAUUACUAGGAUCCGAAACUUUUACAACACUUUUAAAUUUAUGUUAUUUAUACAAUAUUCACAAACAAA